UGGAAAUCAUAGUUUUAUGCGAUGGUGUCUAGUACAUUCAGCGUGCGGGAUCAGGCCGUGCAAGACGUUCUACUCGAAGCCUCUACUAGCACGAAUCUCUUUCAUCCUUCACCAGUUGCAUGGGAAGACCAGCAACUUUAUUUCUUACUUCCUGACCGCUUCUCCAACAGCCGGGAACAAGAUACGGUAAUCGUUGAUGGAGGUGGCCACGAGCGGGAUGUGCCCCCCUUCAAGCCUUCCGACAACGGCAAUGCAGUCAAUACACCCAACGACGCAAAGGCUUGGGAGCAAGAUGGUAUUGUAUUCCAAGGCGGGACCUUGCAAGGCAUCAAAAGCAAGAUUGGUUACUUGAAACGUCUCGGUAUAACUGCAAUAUGGGUCGGGCCCAUCUUCAAACAAGUACCCCGCGAUGAUCACCUCUACCACGGAUAUGCAGUCCAAGAUUUUCUUGAUAUCGAACCGCACUUUGGGACCAAGGACGACCUGCGCGAGCUGGUGACGAGCGCACACGAUGAAGGCAUAUAUGUGAUUUUGGAUAUCAUUUUAAAUCACAGUGGGGACGUAUUUGCGUACAAAGGAGGCGAAAAACGAUGGACUGGUGAGACUUAUGAAGUUGAAGGGUUUCGCGACGCUUUAGGCAAGCCAACCUUGCCAUUCAAACACAUGGGACAAAUCUCCACACCUGCAGAUGCGUCCAGAGACAGCGCGAUAUGGCCAGCUGAACUACAGACACCAGAAACGUUCACAUGCGAGGGCGCAAUCUCAAAUUGGGACUAUUGGCCUGAAUAUAUCCGAGGCGACUUUUUGACACUCAAGGACAUCGACCUUGGAUCGGACAACCCUGACAACUUCAGACCAACUUCAGCACUCUUGACUCUGACUGAGGUAUACAAGUAUUGGGUAGCCUUUGCUGACCUUGAUGGGUACCGCAUCGAUACUGUUAAACAUAUGGGCGACGGACCAACAAGGUAUAUCUGCACCGCACUUCACGAAUUUGCCACUUCUAUUGGAAAAGAAAACUUCUUUCUUGUCGGUGAAGUCACUGGCGGAAGAGCUUUCGAUACCGUCGAGAUUACGGGGCUAGAUGCUGCACUCGCCAUCGGGAACAUACAGGAGAAACUAUGGAAAUUGCCCAAAGGCUUCAUCAACCCCGCCGAAUACUUUGAUCUCUUUCGUAAUGCCACAUUCUUGAAGAAAGGCACAAAUGCAUGGACGCGCAACAAGCUAGUCACGAUGAUUGAUGACCAUGAUCAAGUCUGGCGCGGCGGCAUGGACAAAGCCAGGUUCUGUUCAGAUUUCGAAGGAUCCAAACUUAUACUCCCUGCCCUUGCGCUGAACCUCACGACUCUGGGUAUACCAUGCAUCUAUUACGGCACUGAGCAAUACUUUGAUGGUAAAGGUGGCAGCGAUCGUUAUAUUCGUGAAGCCAUGUUUGGUGGAUCAUUUGGAGCCUUCAGAUCCAAAGGACGGCACUUCUUCAACGAGUCAACCCACUUGUUUAGGGAAGUGGGCAAGAUAUCAGCUUUGCGGCAGGAGUACCCUGCCUUGAGAAGGGGCCGCCAGUAUCUACGAGAGAUCUCCAAAGACGGUAAUACUUUCGGUGUACCUCACAUUCUUGGAGGUCGUAUGACCUCAAUUGUGGCAUGGUCACGUAUAUUCGCUGGUCAUGAGAUCGUGUGCGCCAUCAACACCGACCAUGAACACAGCAUAGAAGCUUACGUUACUAUUGAUUCGGAACUUCACAACACAACUGAAUCCCUGAAGUGUCUCUACACCACGUCCUCGGUGGCAUCUGAACGAGAAAACGAGGCCAUAGUCAUCAAUGCGAACGGAAGGGCAGCAAGGUUGUCAGUGCCAGCAUGUGGCUUUGUCAUGUAUUCAUGA